AAAAUCCACAGCUGCGGGCAGAUGAGCGAUGACACGCGGAGCGCAAAACCUGCGGAGCUUUAAAUGCGCGCGGACCGUCCUCCCACUCGCCUCCAGCGAUGUGCCACGAACUAGUUUUUUUGUUUUCGGUUGUUGGUUAAGGAAGGGUAAUCUAAACUCUAGAGUUGAGUCUAGUGGGACACCUGUACAAUGAGUAAACGCGGUCCUUUCAGUAAUCUUGCCAAGUUGAUCUCAAAGUCGCCUGAUAAUGGGCCAGUCAGCGGGGAGCAGCUCUGCAUGGAAGACUGCAAACCUCAGUGCGUGUGCUCCUUCUCACCAAAUAGUAAAGAUGGAACCAAGGAACAGAAGGAAAAUGGAAGUCCACCGGAAAACUGGGCGCCUGAAAAACAAGCUUUUGAUAAUCUUGCCUACGAAUCAGAUGUCCACAAUGGACUGAAGCUCAAUUUGGGCCCCCAAUUAGCAGUCAAGGAGAGCGAGGUGAAGAUCCAGGUGCAGGGAAUGACCUGUCAAUCAUGUGUCCGAUCUAUUGAAGAGCGGAUUGGAAGUCUUGAAGGUGUCGUUGGUGUCCAGGUGUCUCUGAGCGAUAAAGAAGCCUCUUUGAAGUUUAACCCUGCAAUGGUAACACCAGAGGUUUUGAGAAAACAUAUCGAGGAUAUGGGGUUUGAUGCUUCGCUUCUGGCCUUGCAAAGUCAACUGCAUCCUUCGGUGGCUGACUGGUCUGAGGUAACGUUAGGCGUAGAAGGGAUGCAUUGCGGGUCAUGUGUGAAGAACAUAACUGAAACUUUGUCGGCAGUGGUAGGUGUCAACUCUGUAUUCGUUUCAUUGGAAAAAGGAAGUGUGGACCUUAGGUUCGACCCAUCGCUGCUUACCCUGGACACAGUUAAAGGGCUCUUAGAGGAGAUUCCUCCAGGGAAUUUUAGGGUUUCCAUUCCUGGUUGGAAUUCUAGUUUAAAUCCCCAUAUUGUCACCAUCAGAAUAGAUGGAAUGACAUGCAACUCAUGCGUUCAAGCCAUAGAGGGAAUGGUGUCCCAGAGAGCCGGAGUAUGUGCCAUAAAGGUUUACUUACAGGAAAAGAAGGGAAUUGUAACAUUUGACUCCAGCUUGACUUGUCCAGAAGAACUGCGGGCGGCAAUUGAGGACAUGGGAUUUGAAGCGUGGCUGGAUCAAGAUUCUGGAGUUUAUGACGUUUCAUCCAGCAGUCAAAUGUCAAGUGUUCUGAAACAAAGCCACACAUCCAAAUCUUCAGCAGUCGAAAUCACCAAAGACAACUCCCAUGGCUCAGAGGACAGAGAGACACGCAAAUGUUUCGUUCAUGUGACAGGGAUGACCUGUGCAUCCUGUGUGGCCAACAUUGAGAAAAAUCUGUUGAAACACAAAGGUAUUAAAUCAGUAUUUGUCGCUCUAAUGGCUGGUAAAGCAGAGGUGAAGUAUGAUCCAGGGCUUUUGGAACCAACACAGAUCGUCCAGCUCAUCUCUCACUUAGGGUUUGGUGCGUCAGUGAUGGAAGAGAAUGCAGUCCAGGACGGUGUGUUAGAUCUUUCUGUCACCGGUAUGACAUGUGCUUCCUGUGUCCAUAACAUCGAAAGCAAACUUACAAGGACAAAGGGAAUACUGGAAGCCUCUGUUGCUUUGGCGACAAACAAAGCUCAUGUGAAGUUUGACCCGGAUUUGAUUGGCUCUAGAGAUAUCGUCCGAAUUAUCGAGGGUUUGGGUUUUGGUGUGUCUUUAAUAAAAAUGGGACUGAACAACACACUGGACCACCAAGAGGAAAUUCGACAAUGGAAGCAUUCGUUUCUGUUCAGCCUGGUGUUUGGGAUCCCAGUGAUGGGUCUGAUGAUCUACAUGAUGGUGAUGGACAGUCAGCACAAGGAACAUGGCGGUUCCAUGCCUGUGGACCAGAACAUCCUACCUGGUCUCUCCAUCAUUAACUUGGCCUUCUUCCUGCUUUGCACACCAGUUCAGUUUCUAGGUGGCCGGUACUUCUACGUACAAGCGUACCGUUCGCUAAGACAUGGUGUAGCCAACAUGGAUGUGCUCAUAGUCUUAGCAACCACCAUUGCAUACGUGUAUUCAUUUAUAGUACUGAUCGUAGCCAUGAUUGAAGGAGCCAAACAGAGUCCCUUGACGUUUUUUGACACUCCUCCGAUGCUUUUUGUGUUCAUCGCUUUAGGACGUUGGCUGGAACACGUUGCUAAGAGUAAAACAUCUGAGGCUCUGGCUAAACUGAUGUCACUUCAGGCCACAGAUGCUACUAUAGUGUCCCUGGGCAGAGACAACACCAUCAUCAGAGAAGAGCAGGUUUCUGUGGAGCUGGUACAGAGAGGCGACGUGGUGAAGGUGGCACCAGGGGGAAAGUUCCCCGUUGACGGCAAGGUCAUUGAAGGCACAUCUAUGGCAGAUGAGUCCCUUAUCACCGGGGAGCCGAUGCCGGUCAUUAAGAAAGCAGGCAGUUGUGUGAUUGCAGGCUCUAUUAACGCUCAUGGAGCUCUGCUAGUGGAGGCCACACAUGUAGGGGCAGAGACCACGCUCAGUCAGAUAGUCAAACUAGUGGAAGAGGCCCAGACAUCAAAGGCACCGAUUCAGCAGCUAGCUGACAAACUGAGUGGAUAUUUCGUUCCAUUCAUAGUGGUCAUCUCCGUGCUGACAGUGGUUGCAUGGCUUAUCACUGGCUUUUUGGACUUUGAAGUUGUGGCAAAGUAUUUUCCUGGAUAUGACCAAAACAUCCCCCGAACAGAGGUGAUCGUUCGCUUUGCGUUCCAGGCCUCCAUCACGGUUCUGUCCAUAGCAUGCCCCUGCUCUCUGGGUCUGGCGACCCCCACCGCUGUUAUGGUGGGCACAGGGGUGGGCGCUCAGAAUGGCAUUCUCAUCAAGGGAGGAGAACCUCUGGAGAUGGCCCACAAGGUUGGGGCUGUUAUGUUUGAUAAGACGGGCACCAUCACUAAUGGUGUGCCGCAGGUGACCAGAGUUCUGGUCCUGUGGGACCGAGCAAGGCUUCCUCUUCGGAAGGUUCUGGCUGUGGUGGGCACCGCUGAGGCCAGCAGUGAGCACCCGCUGGGCAUGGCUGUGGCCAAGCAUUGCAAAGAGGAGUUGGGAACAGAAACUCUGGGCUACUGCCAUGACUUCCAGGCUGUUCCUGGCUGUGGAAUCAGCUGUAAAGUCUCCAACAUUGAGGAUCUGCUGCAGAACAGCCCAAAGACACAAGAAACAAACACAUCCCAUGCAAAGCAAACACCACUUCUUGUCACCCUCCAAGGAGCCACCACAGAUGAGAGCAGCCUGGUGGCUGACAUAGACACAGGUUCAGGGUCAGAGAUCCCUGCAUACUCUGUUUUGAUCGGGAACAGACAGUGGAUGAUGAGGAACGGUUUGGAGGUCACAGCUGACGUGAACGAUGCCAUGAGCAGCCAUGAGACUAAAGGACAGACGGCCAUACUUGUGGCCAUCGAUGGUGUGCUGUGUGCUAUGUUAGCUGUGGCAGACACAGUGAAGGCUGAGUCGGCUCUAGCUGUUCACACGCUGAGCAGUAUGGGAAUAGAGGUCUUCAUGAUCACCGGAGACAACAGACGCACAGCUCGGGCCAUCGCCACACAGGUGGGCAUAAGAAAGGUGUUUGCGGAAGUCUUGCCGUCCCAUAAAGUGGCAAAAGUCCAGGAAUUGCAGGAACGAGGUCUGAAAGUUGCAAUGGUGGGCGAUGGGGUCAAUGAUUCGCCCGCUCUUGCCCAUGCUGAUCUGGGCAUUGCCAUCGGAACGGGCACAGAUGUAGCUAUCGAGGCAGCGGAUAUUGUCCUUAUACGUAAUGAUUUGCUGGAUGUGGUGGCCAGUAUCGAGUUGUCUAAAAAGACGGUGCAGAGAAUCCGGAUAAACUUUGUGUUUGCUCUCAUUUACAACUUGCUCGGCAUCCCUAUUGCAGCAGGUGUGUUUAUGCCGUUUGGGCUGGUACUCCAGCCGUGGAUGGGCUCUGCUGCGAUGGCAGCUUCGUCUGUAUCAGUUGUACUCUCUUCUCUACUGCUGCGACUCUACAAAAAGACGUCAGCAGAAGAGUACGAGUCCAGAGCUCAGAAUCAUAGACUCAGUCUGAGUCCGUCUCAGGUCAGCACCCACGUUGGACUGGAAAACCGCCGCUGUAGCCCUCUCUCGUUCCACAGGCGGAGCCAUUCAGGCUCAGGCUCCUCCUCCCACCCCCCCACCACACAUCCAUACAGCGCCUCAGCGAGGAACAUUGUGUAAGCAGCUAGCCAUAACAGUUGGCUGGAAAUAUUUUAUUAUGAAACAGCAACUCUGAGGAAUAUAGUUUUAUAGGUGUUCCAAUUUUUUUAAAUAAUUUUACAAUGAUAGAUUUUAAGAAUUUUGUUUGUUGAUUCACUGUGAUUUUUGCUAACACCAAAUAUUUGAAAUAACAUUAUGUUUAUUACAAUGGAGGAUGGCAAUGUACAUAAUAAUAAUGCAAGGUAAAAUAAUUUAUUUUGGUGUUAAAAGUACAGUGACAAUAUACAAUAUACUAAGAGAACCUUACCUUUUUUAUAAUGGUAGAAUCCAGAAGAAUCAGUGUCAAAAAUUAAUGUAGUAAUCCCUUAAUUAUUGAUAGAUAAUAGAAUAGUAUUAUUGUAUCAGGUUAUUUGACAUUGGACUGUUGGACUAAUAUUAAUCAAUGGAUUGAUGGAUCUCUUUGUUUCUGUAGAAAGCAUUUUUCGUCCAACAGGUGGCAGUAAUAUUAAACAGUUUACAGAUGUAAAGAAUAUGGCUGGAUUGUAUGGAAUGCUAAUGGUUCAGGAGUUUGAUAAGUUUGUAGAAACUAAUUGAUUUGAAUUUGAUCUGACAGUAACUUCAUAGUGGAUUCAUACAAUUAUCUGACAGUUUGCUUGCAGAUUACGGUUAAAGAUAAAAGAUAAAAAUAGAGGCACCUUUAAAGCGACACAUUUAUUUUAGAAAAAGUGGAUAUGUUUAUUAAAUAUACAGUUAGCAGUGUAAAACGAGCCUGUCCAUGAGUUUUCAGAUACAAAAUAAAGUGCAUGGUCUCAGCAUGGCCUUGUCAUGUGCUAUA